UUACCUUAAACUUAGUUUCUUUCUCGAACUAAACACAUUUGUUCUAUUUUAGGACACAAACAAAGGCAAACAAAAUACAGUUUUUGAUAAAAGAGAAGGAAAAGAUUUGAGGCGAAACGUUACCGUUUCAGCCUAGGUUAAGCCCUUUCUCCCCUUCCUUCUUCUCUUCUCUGUUUUAGCCGUUCACCUCAGUCUCCCUACUUCAAGUGGUGAUGAUGAUGGCGAUGGCAAUGAAACGGCAAAGGGUUUUAAUGGCUAUUUCUUCUUCUUCUUCAGCUUCAAUCCCUUUUGGACUUGCUUCUCAGAGAAGCCAAACUGAAAUGGGUAUGACUGUCUUUCUUCAUACUUCCAGUGGUAGUGGUAGGCAAAAGUGCCAAAAGGGGUGUUCUUUUACUAAUAUUGAAGAUGCCUUGUGUCGCUUCAAUGACAUGGUUCAUAUGCAUCCCCUGCCUCGUAUUGUCGAUUUUAAUGAUUUUUUAUCAGCUCUUGUCAGAAUCAAACAAUAUGGGGCUGUGCUUUCUUUUUCCAAACAAAUUGAAUUGCUGCUGAUCGAACGGAACGUAUGUCAUUUUAGCAUUUUGAUUAAUUGCUACUGUCGCUUGCAACGUGUCGAUUUUGGGUUCUCUGUCUUUGGGAAGAUCAUUAAGCUUGGUUUUGAACCUAAUGUUGUGGUUUUUUCUACUUUAAUUAAUGGCCUUUGUAUUGAGGGUAAAUUUGCUCGUGCUGUGGAAUUUUUUGAUGAGAUGGUGGAAAGAGGAUAUCGACCUAAUCUACAUACUUAUACCACGGUUAUAAAAGGUUUGUGUAAGAUUGGAAAGACCCCUGUCGCUGUUGAAUUGCUAAAGAAAAUGGACAAUGAAGGUUGCCAACCAGAUGUUGUGACAUACAUAACGAUUAUUGAUAGCCUUUGCAAGGAUAGACUAGUGAAAGAGGCUUUCGAUAUCUUCUCUGCGAUGAAGGGUAAAGGGAUUCAACCAAAUGUUGUCAUUUACAAUUCCUUAAUGCAUGGCCUAUGCAACUCAGACCAUCAGGAAGAGGCUCCAGCUUUUGUCAACGAAAUGAUGAGUUUGAACAUCAUGCCAGAUGUCAUUACCUUCAACAUUUUGGUCGAUACACUUUGUAAAAAAGGUAAGAUUUCAGAGGCUCAGGGAAUAGUCAAGACAAUGAUUGAAAAGGGUGUGGAGCCUAAUACCGUGACUUAUAGUUCGUUGAUGAAUGGAUAUCUUCUGCAAAACAGAGUUUCUGAAGCUAGAAAGGUAUUUGAUGCGAUGAUAACCAAGGGCUGCAUACCUGAUGCUUUUAGUUACAACGUCUUAAUCAAUGGAUGUUGUAAGGCCCAGAGGAUUGAUGAGGCAAAACAACUUUUUGAUGAAAUAAGUUUUCGAGGCUUAAUUCCAAACACUGCUAGUUACAACACUCUUAUAAGUGGCUUGUGUCAAGUAGGGAGAAUUUUGGAAGCAAAAUAUCUUUUCAAGGAUAUGCAUGCCCAGGGCUGCUCCCCAGAUCUAAUAACUUACUCAAUUUUGCUUGACGGCUUAAGCAAACAAGGUUACAUUGAUGAGGCAUUGGAACUAUUUCGAGAAAUGCAAAAUAGUUACUUGAAGCCUAAUUUGGUGAUCUAUAAUAUCUUAAUUGAUGCCAUGUGCAAAUCUGGGAAGCUUGAAGAAGCAAGGGAGCUGUUUUCGGAACUCUACGUGAAAGGAUUGCUGCCUAAUGUUCAGGUUUGGACUACAAUAAUCAGUGGACUUUGCAGAGAAGGAUUGCUAGAUGAAGCAUGCACAGCUCUCAGACAAAUGGAAAGGGAUGGCUGCCCACCAGAUGGUUGGUGCUACAAUGUUAUUGUCCGAGGAUUUCUCCGGAACAACGACGCAUCAGGGGCAAAACAACUUUUGCAGGAAAUGUUUGAUAGAGGAUUCUCUGCAGAUGCCCACACCAGAACCUUGAUGGGAGAUCUGUUGUCUAAUGAUGGCAUGGCAAUCUUGGUUUGAAAAAGUUGCUUGGCGAAUCUGAAUGUUGUCAAGGUGAAAAGGCAGGAUAAGACCCAUCUGGUGGAAAAGGAGAAAUGAGAGAAGAAUAUGCAAAA